AUGGCGUGGAUGACCGUGGCCUUUGUCAACAUCCUUGUUAUAGUUGUGACGCUUCUCGCGUACGAGAGGUCCGGACUUCUGGGGGAGGCUGGAGAACUGGGGGCGACAAUUGCAGAGCAAAUUCCAGAGGACCAGGAUCCCACCGACGGCGAUCGGAAGCUGUGGAUGUCGGCGGCCUACGUGUUGACCGCCUUGGCC